AUAAACAACACUUCUUAACCGUGUCAUCUAAGCCAUCCCAUAUCCUUUUUUGUUUUGUUCUCUUCAGUCUGUUUGCGAGUGCGAGUGAAAAAAAAUGGGUGGGGGAGGAGCUAUGAGGUCCGCGGCGAAAAUAGCCGGAAUUGGCGUGUCCAAGGCGGCGCUCCGGCCUUCGGCGCUCCCUACGGAGCAGACGGUCCGCAACGCGUCGCGACCAACGGCGGUCACCGGAGUGUCGUCGCAGUCGGCGAAAUCCGCGGAGGUGCUCCCUACGGAGCAGACGGUCCGCAACGCGUCGCGACCAACGGCGGUCUCCGGAGUGUCGUCACAGUCGGCGAAAUCCGCGGAGGUGGCGCCGCUGCACACGGCAGCUGCCUGGGACGAUUGGGACUUCGCCGAGGAUGGCGAAUUGGUCGUGCCGAGGAUGGUGUUCGGUUCUGUCCCCACUCUCGAUGAAGCUAAGGAAGCCACCGCAGAGUUGAAGGACGCUAUUGAUCAAGUAUAUCUUUGUCCUGGGUCUUCUCAAUAUUCAUCUCCCGGUGGUCAAGUCUCUGCUUUGUCUCCCACUCUCUAUGGGCCAGUGAACAGAUCUUGUGUCAUUGAUGCUAUUUCAGAUCCUACGGCCCCAAAGCAUGCCAUUCAGGCUUUUCAUUUUCUUAGCACUAGUCGUGAGGCCCAGGCUGUUGUGGCUUCACUUGCUUGUGACCCAAAUGUAUGGAAUGCAGUCAUGGAAAAUUCUGCUGUCAGUAGUUUCUUCCAAUCACAACAGUCAGUGGCUGGUUUUGGAGCAGCAGAAAAUUCUGAGGAAGUGGAUAAGUUAUCAAGUUGUGCUUCUGAAACAGUCGAAUCCCCUGAGAAAUUGGAAGGGUCGGCUGAGUCUCACCCGGGGAACAUGUUUGACGAUUUCAUGGGUCUUCUGCAGAAUGUGAAGCUUACAGUUAUUGAAUUGGUAAGUAGGUUGUCUGGUUUCCUUCAGAACAUAUUCCCAACACCUGAUGCUAUGAGAGAGAAAAUGUCUUUCGAUGCUGAUGGGAACACUAAAGCAAGUUUCAUGGAUAGUAAAAUUAGCAUGGGAGGAACCUUCAUAGGUUUGGCAGUGCUGGUGAUAAUGGUAAUCGUGACAAAGAGAGCUUAGACUCUAACAAGCAAAACUACAAUUUGUCGACUUUUCUGAUAGUUUUGAAACCAUGUUAUUAAAUAUGAACUGUUUUUAAAUUGAGAUGUGUCGCACUUGGUGAUUUAUUUCCAUUAAAAUAAAAUUUGAAAGUCGUCCUGGAAAGUUAGUUUUUUAAAGCUUUUUAUUUUUAUUUUUAUAUCAUCUUUGUUUGUCUUUUGAGUCCAGUGUGGAUAGAUAAAGUUAAUUCUGAAAGUGUUUGAAAUGGUUCACACUUGGAUGAGUAGGGAGUGAAUUGGUUGUGUUCCUUUAAGGGCUAGCAUUUAAAGUUGGCCAAACAUUGAUUUAAAGUUUGAACAUGUUGCCGAA